UAGUGCGGCGCCCGUACCGAGCGCUCGACGUGACGAUCGACCGAUUAGAAUUUCGGUUUUUGGGCCAAACGUACCGCGAUCAUCCGCGAUCAUCAUCCAAUCAAGUGCAAAAAUGGACGAGGCGGUGAACAGUGCUAAAAGGACGAUAACUUGUGUGUCGAGUCCAACGAGGAUCGAUUUGGAGUUUCACGAUUUGAGUUUUUCGGUGCCGCAGGGACGGAAAGGUUCCAAACUGAUACUUAGAAAUGUAAACGGACAGUUUAAAUCACGACAGUUGCACGCAAUUAUUGGACCUUCAGGCGCAGGAAAGACUACACUUUUAAAUAUUCUAGCAGGAUACAAAUGUACGGAAGCAACAGGGUCGAUAUUUGUGAAUGGAAAACUCAGGAAUAUCAAGCAGUUCAGGAAAAUGUCAAGGUACAUUAUGCAAGAAGACCUAAUCCAACCGAUGCUUUCGGUUACAGAGGCCAUGAUGGUGGCUGCCAAUUUGAAACUAGCAAAAAAUAUCGGACAAGAAGAAAAACUGCAAAAUAUAAACGAAAUCCUGGACUUGUUGGGCCUAAGGAAAACGUCUGAAACCUCAACUAGCAGGCUGUCGGGGGGUGAAAGGAAAAGACUGGCGAUAGCCCUUGAACUAUUGAACAAUCCACCUUUAAUAUUUCUAGACGAACCCACCACAGGAUUGGAUGAUCUGUCCUGUUCUCAAUGCAUCGCGUUGCUGAAAAUGUUGGCGGAAGGCGGAAGAACUGUGAUUUGCUCCAUUCAUUCGCCAAGUGCGAGACUGUUCUCCCUCAUCGAUAACGUGUAUGUGGUCGCCUCGGGGCAAUGCGUUUUUCAGGGCUAUGGUCCCAAUGUCGUUCCAUUUUUGUCGAAAAUCGGAUUGGACUGUCCCAAACACUACAAUCCUGCCGACUUCAUUAUGGAGGUGUGUUGCCAUGAAUACGGCGACUUCCAUGAUAAGAUGGUUUCGGCUAUCGACAAUGGAAAGUGCAUAUACAGAAGGGACGAGGAAUUAACAGAAGCUAUGGAAAUACCAGAGGAUAAUCAGUUGGUUCCAUGUUUAAUCGAUACAGGGUAUCAAAACGACGAAAAAAUCAACUGGUUUAGCCAGUUUAGAAUUUUGCUAAUGAGGAUGUGGCUGCAAAUGUGGAGGGAUAAGAACUUCAUCUUUAUGAAAAUCGCCCUACAUGUUGUCCUGGGACUGUUGGUUGGUACCAUGUACAUUGGCAUGGGACAGGACGGUUCCAAGACUAUUUUCAACUUUGGAUUUUACUUUUGCUGCCUCAUUUUCUUCAUGUACAUACCCAUGAUGCCAGUGCUGUCAAACUGUAAGUCCCUUACCAAACAAUCACAACAUCUUGUAAUAUUAUUUAUUUCAGUUCCAACAGAAGUACACUAUCUUAAAAGGGAACACUUUAACAAAUGGUAUCGACUAAGUGCCUAUUUCAGUGCCUUAACUGUAUCAACUUUACCUAUGCAAAUUAUUUUGGGAACCGUAUAUUUAUCUUUGGUUUACUUAUUAUCGGACCAGCCUUUAGAGUACAUGAGAAUGAUAAAAUUUUUCUCUGUAUGCCUUUUAACGGGCGUCAUAUCCGAAAGUUUUGGCCUCUUGAUUUCAUCACAACUAAACAUAGUCAAUGCCAUGUUCGUGGGACCGGUGGCGGUGGUACCGCUGAUGUUGCUGGCGGUGUAUGGUUUCGGGUCGGGCUACAGCAGCAUACCGAAACUGAUCCGGGUGGCGAUGCACUUCAGCUACUUGCGAUACUCUCUGGAAGCCCUAAUAGAUUCGAUGCUCAGGGACAGACCGAAGCUAGGCUGUCCAGACACGGAGGACCACUGCAUCUUCACUGAUCUGAACUAUUUCAUCAAGGAAAUGGGAAUGGAGAACACGAUAUUCUGGGUGGACAUGGCCACGCUUGUUUUCACCCUUGUCUUGUUUAAGGGUGUGGGUUUCUAUCUGCUCAGACAACGACUGACGCCCAGCAAAACGUUCCUUUCAUUGCAACACGUCGGACGGUUUGUCAAGUCCCAGCUGGGCGGAUCGCGUUGAAUUUAGUUUGUCUACUUAAUUUUUGGAUAAUGCAAUCUUGCCAAAUUUUAUUAUUGUGAUUUUUUAAGGCUGGAUCUGAGGAGGGGCGUUUGCUCCGGAAUGUCACUAAAUUAUUUUGUCGUUAAGUGCCUGGAACCUUUAAAUUUAUGCCUAACUGUGAGAAACGUUUCGAUCUACUUAAAAUGUGAUAUAUGUAUUUCAUGUUAUUGUGGUCAGAGUAUUUUUUGUAUUUAGAGAUUUAUAUCCAAUUCAGCUUGUUUUUUGGUUGAUUUGGAUGCCGGAUUGUCUUAUUUUGAUACAAAUAUUAUUUAUUAAACUUAAAAUUAGUUUGUUUGCAUUGAAAUAUAUUGUUGACCAAAUUAUGUAAUUGGUAGUAAUAAAUUCAAAUCACCAAAUGAAAAUUUAAUGUUUUAUUUAUGUAAAUGUUAAGCUGAUGUAUUCCAUUUAAACCAUGAUUUUUAUAACGGUGGUAUUUGUAGUUUAAUUGUGAUAGUAACAUCACUUAUUGAAUAUGUUUUAUGUAUUUUUAUAAAAAAUAAAUUAAUCUGAACUUGUUA